AUGGAACAGGCUAUGCUCGUCAACAACCGCAGGCCCCAAAAUGUUGUGGACGGGGUGCCUCGGAGCAGCCUGAGUCGCACAUUGGGCGAUAGUGCUUUCAUAGAUGUUCGGAAAGAGACCCCGUUGCCGAACAACAACAGACUCCAAUAUGGUAACCAGCCGGGAUCAUAUUACCCUCCAACAAACUACCAGGGAUACCAGAAACCUCAUCCGGGAGCAUAUCAAGCUCCACAUCAGCGACACGAUAUGUACAUGCCCAUGCAACCUCAAGUAGACUAUUAUGGCCGACCACCUAACAUGGCUCCUCCAAGGAUGUUUGGUGAAGGAGCAUCGCAUUCGAGAAGAAGUUCGCUUGUGUCAAACUCUUCCAGCUCAGUGAACAAGUUUUUCAAGAGAGGAAUGAAGUUCGCCAAAGAUGACGACGACGAUGGAAACGGAGAUCCGGACGGCGACGUGGAAGUCGAAGCCUCUGCUAGCACAGUUUCUUUUGACGACCUGCAACACAUAAGAGGGGGUGGAAGAUACGGAAAUGGCUCGUCUGCUUUGGAUACUCAGCCUUAUAUCCCCAUGAUCUCCAACAGACCACGAGCUCCUAACGGCCAACUGUCAAAUGUGCAGUACCGUAAGCAAAUGACCGCGCAGAAGAAAAUGGUAGCUGCACAGAUGGCAAAUGCCAACAAAGGCCCCCCACGGGCAAUGAGUUUGGAGGCAGGCAUGAUGCGGUAUCCCAGAACGAUGUCUAUGCAAUCAGCAGGCCCAGGCCCCGUGAGUCCAGGCCCCAGAAUGGGAUAUGAUCCAAGGGCUAUGUCCAUGCAAACGAGACCUCCGCCAUUCAAUAAUCAAUUUGGUGGUCCUGAUCCAAGCAACUACAAUUCUCCGAAGGCCAUGUCGAUGACGUCGAGAUUUUCAAAUUCGCCGUAUAGGGCUCCACAAGGCAUGGCUCCUCAGCCUACAAACUAUGGCGGUAAGGUGGGUCAAAAUAAUCCAGCUAUUCCAAGUUUCAACUCUGAAUAUCCUCAGACCAGUCAGGGCAUGCAAAUUCCACCUCAGAUUCGUCCCGGUCCAGGAGGCCAACUAGGUCAACAGCGCGCUCCAAGUCCUUACUCGCAACUGCCUCCGACGUCGAGACAUCCUCAGCCCGUCACCCAACAGACUAUACCCCAGCAAGAACGUUACAUGACUGUCAACCAAAGCAAGCCCGGACAGAUACAACAUGUCAGCACUUUCGAAUCGCAAACUUCGCCAGCCUUUUCAAGCACAGCACGAGUCAUUCCACCAGCUGAUCAGAACGAGACGUCUUUUCCGGUGCAAAAUAGGCAAACUGCGCAGCAAUAUACUGCAACCGAACCUCAAAUUAAACAAAAAGCUUUGGGAGCUGAGGGAUCAUCCAAUCCUAUCAGUUCCAUAAACCGUGCAAGUGAUCCACAGUUGCAACAGUUGCAACAGAAGCAUAAUGAUGUACCUGCAGAAGUUGCAGCGAAUCUAGAGGAGGAAAGAGGGGUCCAGCCGACUGAUGAGCCUUCUCAGGUUCAAACUACCGCUUUUGAAUAUUCGCCAGGCAAUAUUCCUCCUCCAGAACCGUUCCAGCCGGUGAAAAAGAACAACAGGGGUAAACUCAACCGCUAUGUAUUCGCUGACAGUGACGAUGAACAUGACGAGGGUCCAGUGUAUCAGGAAACAGAUCUUAUCAAAGAGCUGCCAAGUGACCAAGGGCCAUUAGACAAAAAGACUGUGAAAGAAGAACCAGCCAGAGAGAGCAUGGAAAAGCCUCGGGGGAAGCAACCUUCUCAGCCCCAUUCUGAUGGCUCCCAGACUUUUGACGCUGGUCCUCUAACUUCAUUGAAUUCAGUUUUGUCGACUUCUACGCAAAAAAGUCGUAGUGAGCAUGAUAAGACAACAAGACAGUCGUCGCAUCACUCUGAGCAGACUGCAUUUCCAUCGGGAGGCGAGCCGGAUUCGUCUAUGUUCUCGCUGACAUCGUCGCACGAGACCCCUAAAAAGCAACGCGUUGCUAGUUCUCAGGUGUAUCAGCUUGCUAAUGCCAGCUCAUCCCAUCAAGAAAUUUUCACAACAGCAACAGAACUACCGAUUGAUGAGAAUGUGCAAGACAUGCAACAACCGAAGAUUACUACUGAUAUCGAUGACUACGAUACUAGCAAGAACAAUUCGUACUCAACUCUCAAUGAUUUGGAAGCUCCUCAGAAUGUGAUUGAGCAGGGUGACAACUCUUCUUUCGACUCAAUCUCUAAAACUCCGGACCACACAGUAAUCACUAAUAUUGACACUGAAAAUAAGGUUAGAGACCAAGAACUUGAUUCUCUUAACCCAAAUUUCGCUCCAAAAGGGAACUUUUCUGAUUCCAGGGAUUUCAACAAUAACUCAAUUGGGACCGGAGGCGCUUUGAUGAGUACUGAGAAACAAAACUCCUUCAGCAGUUCAGAAACUGUAAGUCCCGCUAUGAAAAAUAUUUCAAUUGAGGAAAAUAAGGCAGACGGUGGCGAAGGUACACUCGAAGAUAACUUAUAUUCACCGCGCGAGCGGAUUGUUCCGCCAAGAAGUACUCGUCGCAGAGAAGACACCAAUUUAACGCAUGGAUAUGAGAUGCAAAGAUCAAUGAUUUCCCAGACUAUGCAAAUUCCACAAGAGCCUGUGCCCAUGGCCAAAGCGCAAGAAGAAAAUGAGACUCAAAAACAGCAUUCUGUCCCUCCCAAUGUUGGGCAUUACAAAUCGAUGCUCUUGCCUGCUCAGAAUGACGAGUAUUCGAAGAAGGGGCAACCUACACAGCACAAGAACGACUAUAAAAAAGAUGAUAAUGACUCAGGUCUCAGGUCUAACAGCUCAUCAGCCUCAUCAAAAGUUCGCUCCAGGAAACCACCCCCUCAGCCGAUCGCAGCCAAUAAAUCCACGCAGCUCGAGACCGCAAAAAAAUCACCGUUUAUGGGAUUCAGAGAAGCAUUUUCCAAGCCAGUUUCCACAGGAAACAGCCCAAAGCUGCCUAAUGCUAAGCAUUUCCUAAAGAAGAUUUCCCGAAGGAAGCGUGAUGAGGAUGGCUAUGCGAACAGUUCAAUAACAGAUUCUUCGACGAUUUCCAUACAAAAUAACGACUACGCCCAGAAUUACCACGGACUCACAAUCAAUCUACCUCCAAAAGAUGCAGAUUCCAAUUUCAAGAACAAGAAGUUGCCUAAAACUCCUAUCACCCCUUCGGACUCGCUCAUGAACUAUAGAUUGUCAGUAAAUUUGGCCAAUGAGGAGAAUGACCACAGGUUGAGUAGAAUUAUUGAUAUGGAUCUUGAUGAGCAGGGUUUCACUCAAAAUUCGAGUUUAGAUGACAUCAAUGGAUAUAACACCAGUACUGAUUUGGAAAAAGCCACCCCUCUUGCGAGCCCAAGUAUGAAUAUGGAUACAAGAGGGGAUCGGACAUUUGUUAAACAAACUCGGCUAAGUGGACCUUCAAGUACAGAGCAUAUGAACGGUAAAAUGGCAACUCCUCCUCUCAGUAAGGGAGAGGAAGAUUUCAACUUCACGUCCCCAGAAUCGAGCAACACAGGAAAGAUUUAUCUGGGAGAUUAUCCUGAACUUGCCACUUAUCAGCAUAUGAUGAGCAAACAAAGCCAGCGUCAGGAUCAACCAUUGAAUACCAAAUCGUCUCAGAAUGCUUUCCAGGAUGCCAAGGAGAGACCACUAGUGCCACCUAGCUCAUUAUAUGACGUAAAGGACAGACAGAUGACGCCUGUCUUUCAGUCAACCAAUCAACAGAAUAACCAAGCUGCAGUCUUCACGCCAGAACAAUUGGAGCUUUUUAAUUCGAACCAGGAACUGUUUAAUGAGCUUCAAAUUGUUUCCAGCGAGCUGGCAGAUAGCAUAUCCAGAGAGAUUAGACUUCAACGCAAGUUGGAAGUGAAUAAUAUCCCGGUCGAGGGAGACGUCGUCUCUGAAGAGUCAAAGAUUGCAAGUCUUACGCAGCAACUGGCGGAUGAAAGACGCAAGAGGUUUGCUGUGGAAGAGUUCCUUGCCCAGCAGUAUAAUAAAGGGUUUGAUGUUGAGGAUCUCAAAAAGAAGGUGUACAAUAAUUCUGAUAUGGGUUACAAAGUGUUCAAGUUGACUGAAGAAAUCAAUCUAAACAAAUCGAAGUACGAAAUGAUGGAGCAAGAGAAUGGCGAGCUCAAGAAGAGGCUAGAAAAGUUGGCCAGCGAGAACAAGGAGCUAAUUGGCACUACCAUUCCGAAAUUGAAAAACCAGCUGGAGGUGGCCGAGAAUUCAGUUUCCGCGGCUACCUGCGGCUCUCUUUUGAAAGAGAUUGAGCAGCUCAAGUCUGAAAAGUUGCAUUUGAGGAGCCAGCUGAGCUCUAAGGGCAACAUCGCAGAGCUCGAGUCUCAAAAAGAGGAGUUGCGCGAGGCCCUCAAAAACGUGAAAGCCCAAAAGGAGAUGGAUCUAAGAAUGUGCGCAGAGAGAAUCCGUACCUUGGAAGCCAAGGUUGAGAAGCUCACUCUGACGAAUGAACGGUACGUUCAAAAAUUUGGACAGAUUGUGGCUGAUGAAUGA